AUGGGUGAGGUCUUCCUUGACAAGACGAUUAGCCUACUAUCGUCAGACAAACAGAAGGCCCGCUCGGAUGGUUUGGCAGACUUGAAACACAUCUUCCAGCAGAACAAGAAGAGCUCCAAGCUACAAACACUCAACGAUAAAGCCUGCCAUAAGAUCUUCGAAUCACUGUUCCGUUUCGUCGCAGCAGAAAGGUCCAUAUAUAAUCGAGCACAAAAAUCCACAUAUGCAUCUUCUGCAUCGCGGCUUUCGACAUGUGCCUCUGUACUCCGAAUGGCUGUUGAUAUCUUUCUGAGAAAUUUGAGAAUCAAAACAGUCCGCGCCAUCGCUGAUCACAUUGUUGAGACCAUACCAGUCCCUGGGGAGGGUUUGUGGGAGCCCCUGAGCCUGGACUAUACCAAGUGUUUGGCAUCGCUUCUACGCUACCGUCCCCAUACUGAGCACCUUGACAAAGAAGACUGGGAAAACCUCAUAAGCUUUUGUCUUGCCAGUAUUAGCCCCCGGGAGAAUGAAGACAGUCAAUUGAGUAUUCGAAGCGGUUACCGAUCCUUUCCAGAAGAUCAAGAUGCCAGCGACAGCCGUUCCACACCCUCAAGGAUGACCAUUGCUCCUACCCCGGCCAGCAGGGAAAGGCACGGUGACAAUAGGAAUGUCAUUGAAGAAGUUGUAAUCUGUAUUCAACUCUUGACAACUAGUCCGAACCCCCCUCUUCAAACCACGGCCCAAAGGAUACUUCACGGGCUUUCGGGGUUUGUCGAAUCAUCUGCGCCUGGCAAUGCACAUCAGCUUGCGUUCAAUAGCAUCAAUGCAGUCGUUACAAAAGUCAUAUUUGAUCAAUCCGAGCUUGUCCGUUCAGUUCUCUUGGGCUUGAUUCCAGUAAUUCGACGCCUAUGGGCCACUAAGUUACAGAUUCUCAAGGAGGAGUUGCUUGCCACUUUGAUGCUGUCGAUGAUCGUCCUUGCGGACACUGCUCGGAAAGACCCAUCUGAAUCUCUGGCGCACGAUAUCGAAGGAUUGGCCAGUACACUCCAUUUGGAAUAUGUGCGACGGUCAGAAAAGGAGAUCCUACAAAUCGACGAAACAACACUCUAUCAAUAUGAAUCAUGCAGGAGCAGACCAGUAUAUGGACCUCGUCUCGGAACUGCCAGAUCGGAGCAUAACUGGACAGUCCUCUGGUUGAUUGCAGAGCUGCUCAAGCUCUCGGAGGGUAUUCAUACCAGAACCAAGUCUUUGUCAGCACGCGAAGGCUCAAGCAAAAGGCAGCGUUUCAGUUCUGAGAUCCAGGACAUAUUUCGGGAUUCGAUCUCGGCCACCGGCACAAGAAGACUAUGCGCAUUACAGCUCAUCCCAUUCCUCGAAUCUGAGAUUGACAUUGAGACUAAGGAGCCCUUCUUCAAACAACUUGCUUUGAACAUCUCUGACGGUGAUGGCGCUGUGUCAUCCUGGACAAUGCUUGCUCUGACGAGACUUACUGGGCUACUCGGUGGCUAUGGAGACUAUGCGGUCACUCUUGACCUCUGCCAAUGGACCGUCUGCUAUAUCAGACUCGUCUUUACGGCUAUGGGCCUCAAUUGCACGAAUGAAGGCACAGCUUGCUCCUGGGUCAGCCCAACAGGCGACAAUGCAGAUAUGUGGCUGGCUAAGAGAAGUUUGGGCUGCACUCCCCCUGCCAUCAGGUUUAGUCUUAAAGAGCUCAUUACUCCACUCUCCAAAACGCUCGAACAUUUCCGCCAGAGCUCGAAGAGUCCGUCCGCAGCCGAAGAUAUAAUGGACCUGGAUUUGGAAGACCGGUUCAUGGCCGAAACUCCACUAGCGACUAAUGAGAAAAUUCUCACCGUGAACCGAAAUUCUCUGUCUAUCUUCCUUGACCCUGUCACAUAUCAACGCUGUGUAACCAUCCAUCUGUCUAUAUUUCUCAGAACUCAAGCGGAUUCGGACUCAUCUUCGUCCAUCGUUGAAUACCUGACUGGAUUAGAUGAAGCGGAUAUCCUAGCUGCUCAAGAUAUUUUACCUGGGAUUUUCCAGCUCUGCUCGAAAUCGGAGCCCUCGGGACUACUCUCCAUCCUGGAAGAUUUGGGUGAAAGGUGUCUACAGUCUUAUGAAAUGGAACGGUGCGAGGCUUCACAUUGCGUUUGCAUCCGCAUGAUGACUAGCUUCGUCGACUGCUGGACAAAUGGGCCCGAUGGUGCCUUGAAAGAGUCCGCUAUGGAUUUGUACUAUUGGUUUAUGGAAGUUCUCUUGGCCCGGAAAAGAGCUUCCCCAAAUGUCUACAUUGCUUUGGCCAAGCUCAUCCAGGGGGUGAUUGACUCAUGCCCCUCAUACGGCAAGGACCAGUCUCUUCCGUCGCCACGAACAAGUUUAUUCACCAUACUUCGAGAAGGUGGUGUUCAGGUCAAAUUCAGCGUUGCGAAAUUUAUACCUGCUUUAUUCGAGCGGUUCCUUCUCAAAGAUCACGACGCUAUCUUCGAAGAUGUAUUAGAAAGCUUGCCGCGAGACCCGGAAUGGAUCGAGGGAAUUGCAGUCCGCCUUUUCGUGCUUUCGCAGUUAGCUUCCAGAUGGCACACCUUGCUGCGACGAUGCAUUUACCAUCUCUUUGAAACCCCAGCUCAAGUUCCCCUAUCACUGUGGUACGCUGAGAAAUGUAUGGUUUCUGUUGCUCAAACCCUUGGUCUGCAAGAUGCCAAAGAACUUUUCCGGCUUUUCUCGUCUCAAAUACUCUACACGUGGGCUGAGACACAAAGUAUCAUGUCUAUGCCAUUUAGCAUCUUUGGGUAUGACAACCUUCAAAACAUGCUGGUGGACGUCAAAGAUGAAAUCGUUGGGCAAAUGAUGAUGCGUGCUAAGGAAAAGGAGACAAUUGAACUUGCGAAACAUCUUCAAGUUCCGCAUCUCGAGCUAUUAGUGAACUCGUUCCACAAGGCCGAGGCAUACAGCAUUGCACGAGAUAUCAGUACACCUCCGGGGCAAGGUAGUCAGCCCAAAGGCGUUGAGAUCCGUCUGCGGAAACUUCUGGGGGCAGAGCAGUUCAUGGUACAUAUCGAGAGUCAGUUUCCCCUAAUUAUUGCUACUUUCUUCAAAUCCCUCGACUACUAUGACCAGGUCGAACGGGCAUUCUCAAAGCGUGAAAACUUCGGCUAUGCGCUCGACAUCCACACACAAAUAAUCAAGAAAAGCACGUCUCAAAAUGCACUGCCAGCGAAUCAGCAGCCCUCCUUUCGAGCACGCUAUCUCCUGGAUGAGAUUGAAUUUCUUUGCAGGCGCACUGGGUUCGAAUUUGAAUCAAUAUGGACACCAUCACUGGUGUCUUUUGUCUGCCGUUCGCUGCUUGAAUCCAUACAUCCCGCUCUUGGCUCGCUUCACGCUUGUUCCGUGAUCCGCAAAAUAAGAAUCCUAACCUGUGUGGCCGGUUCCAUCAUACUUCAGGACUAUCCUCUAGAGAUGACACUCAGCUCUUUGCGCCCUUUCCUUGGCGACAUUCACUGCUUUGAGGAUGCUCUUGGUGUUUUCUGGUAUUUACUCGAGGCAGGGAAACCAUAUCUCGAAGUGACACCAGGAUUCACCGCAGGUAUUGCUGUCUCGACACUGGUCACCCUCCGCAGAAUAUUUUCGUCGCUACCUGAGAACACGACUCAGGAAAGUCAGUUCAGAAAAGUGCAGUCGAAUGCGAAAAGAUUCUACCAAUGGUUGGUAGAGCUCCUUGGGGAGCUCCGUUCCUCUGAUUGGGAUACAGAGACGACAGCGUCAUUUGAUCGGCUUGUAUCACUAGCCGAGAAAUUCUCAACAUCUGAGGGCUCCUCGGGCGGACAAUUUGGGAAGGACUUGGUCUUUGAAAUUCUCAAAGGCCGCGAUUCUGUGACUUCGCUGUUGAGUAAGCCUGUGGCGGAUCUUGUUUUGUCGCUCUUAUGCCCUGAAUUCGAGCAUACGUCAGAAACUGGGAAUUGGGUCAUGAAUGACGAUGUGAAUCCCGCUUCCCAUGUUGUAUCUCUAUGGCACACGCUUCAGACCUCCAACGGAGGAUCUCAGUAUCGACUUUGGGCCGCUCGGGUCAUCGGGCGGUCUUUUGCUGCCACUGGUAAAAUCGAUCAAUUGCUCCUGCGAGAACAAGAUCUCUCGCUAUUUCAACCCCCCAAGUCUUCUUUGUCUUCUGAUAUUUUCUGUCAUUCCAAGGCCAGAAUCCUUCGGGUGCUUUGUGAUAUGCUCCAUGUGCAAAAGUAUUUUGAAGCUGGCCUGGUUGAGCGUACUCUGCAGCUGAUCGUCAGCAACAUCGCCAAUUAUCCAGACUUCCAAGGUUGCAGCGAGGUAUUUCCCGAAUCUCUGAUGAAAGCCCUCAUCUGGAACCCAUACACAUGCCCCGCAGUUUUACUUUCAAAUUUGGAGCAGGAGAGAUGCGAAAAUGCAGCAACCAGCGCUUCUGGGCUGUCAGUUUCCGACUGGGCUCGCAAUGUUUCACUGUUCCUAUCUAACGCUGCUUUAGAAGAUCCAGUAAUUGGCUCUCUUCGUAAAGUUCUCAACGUGACUCCUGGCUUGGCAGUGCAGCUGUUGCCAUACGUCGUUCAUGAUGUUUUGCUGUCAGAAAGAGAUAAUAAAGGCGAAAGGGGGGAGGUCCGAGAAGACAUUUCUGCUACUUUCCGGCAAGUGUUGUGUGAGGUUGGGGAGGGAACAUUACCUCAUGCUCAGCUUGUGAUCAAUUGCAUUCUCUACCUUCGCAAUCAGCCUAUGCCAGAUGAGUCAACUAUAGUCCAGCGCGAUAAAUGGCUUGAUAUUGACUUUGGGGAGGCAUCUUUGGCUGCGCAUCGCUGCGGUUUGCAUAAAACCUCACUGCUUUUCCUGGAAAUACAAACAUCCCGAGUGGUUACGACAUCUCGUCGGUCAUCGGUCGUUAAAUACGAGCCUCCGCCUGCUUUGCUCCAUGAUGUUUUCAGAAACAUUGAUGACCCUGACUUGUUAUAUGGCAUUCAGCAGAGCUCAUCUUUGACCAACGUCAUGGAACGGCUCGAGUACGAAAGUUCCGGGUUCAAAAAUCUCCUAUUUCAGAGUGCAAAAUACGACAGUGAAAUCCAGAUGUCUGACCAUACGGAAUCGUACGGAGUCUUGAAGGCUUUGAAUGCUACCAACCUUCAGGGCAUUGCCAAUACUAUGCUCUCUGCUUCCAGCAGUGCAAGCGAUGCCCCUGUCGCCUUUGACAGCAUGUUGCAAGCUGCAACUAGUCUUCAAAAAUGGGAUAUUCCAGUAUCUCCUUUGGAUUCCUCCCCGUCUGCAACUGUAUUCCGUACAUUCCAAAGUCUCAAUACCUCUUGUUCUUUGGUCGAGGUCACUAGUUCAAUUGAGAGCAGUAUGUUGACAACACUGGCUUCUCUCCUCAAAACCAAUGGAUCCGCCAUUCAGUUGCGGAGCUCAAUGCGUGCAUUAGGAAUUAUGACUGAGAUCAGCGACACUUUGCACUCCGCGUCUUCUGAAGAUAUGGAGGAAGGGUGGGAGAAUAUCAUGGCGAGAAGCAGCUGGUUGAAAACCGAGAGCUAUCAUGAAGUUGGAGAAAUUCUGUCUUGGCAUGAGGCGUUGUUUUCAUCAGUCAGGAAAAAUGACAUCCUCAGAUCACAGGCAAAACUAAGUCUCAGGGAUUCGCGACUUUUAGAAGCGAAAGUCAUUAGACAAUCGUUAGAGAUCACAAGAAUUCAUGGUAUCUCCCAGGCAUCGCUCAAAUCUGCAAUGAGCCUUUCCAAGAUUGCUGCGCCGUGCGAAGCGUUGGGAAUGAACAUUGACGGUGCUGCAAAAUUUGAUCUUGCCAAUGUUCUAUGGGAUCAAGGAGAGAUGACCGCAUCCAUUCGCAUGCUCCAGCAACUGAAGGGCCAGAAUGACCUUCAUAAGCAGGCAAUCCCCCUCAGCCGGGCCGAGCUUCUUGUGACUUUGGGUCACCACGUUGCUGAAGCGCGUUUGGAAAAGCCGGACUCGAUUCUUCAACAGUACCUCUAUCCUGCGGUCAAGGAAUUGAAAGGAAGCUCCGAUGGAGAAGAGGCUGGACGGGUCUAUCACGGGUUUGCAACCUUCUGUGAUCAGCAACUACUGAACCCUGAUGGACUCGAAGAUUUCAAGCGAGUGGAACAACUACGUAAUCGCAAGGAGAAAGAAGUACUUGCCCUUGAAGACAUGAUGAAGAAUGCCACAGGCAAGGAGAGAGAGUACCUGAAGAACUAUCGGGCCAAAGCAAAGCAAUGGUUCGACCUCGACGACCGCGAAUAUCAACGUUUACUGCGGAGUCGGGAGGCAUUCCUGCAGCAGUGCCUCGAAAAUUACCUUCUCAGUUUGAGGGAAAGCGAUGCUUACAAUAAUGAUUCUCUACGAUUCUGUGCACUCUGGCUUGACAAAUCUGACAGUGAAACUGCAAAUUCAGCUGUUUCUCGGUAUCUCAACGAGGUACCCAGUCGGAAAUUUGCACCAUUAAUGAACCAGCUAUCAUCCCGCCUACUUGAUGUCUCCGAUGACUUCCAGACAUUACUCACUCAACUGGUAUUCAGGAUAUGUGUUGAACAUCCCUUCCAUGGGAUGUACCAAAUUUUCGCCAGCAGCAAGUCAAAGGGUGGGAAAGAUCAGUCGUCUCACUCGCGUUUCCGUGCGGCAAACCAGCUUGUUGACCGUCUAAAGAACGACAGUCAGAUCGGUCAGACUUGGAUUGCUGUGCACAACGUAAACAUCAGCUACGUGCGAUUUGCAAUUGACAAACCAGACAGCAAGUACAAAAGUGGUGCGAAGGUUCCACUGAAGGCCUUGGCUACUGGCCAGCGCCUUGGACAAGAUGCCAUCACUUACAAACUGCCACCACCGACAAUGAAAAUCAACCUACGCGCAGAUUGCAACUAUAGUGACGUUCCCACUGUCACGAAGUUUCAGCCUGAGUUCACGAUUGCUUCCGGCGUUAGCGCGCCGAAGAUUGUGACUGCCGUUGCAUCCAACGGCGAGCGCUAUAAGCAACUAUACAAGGGAGGAAAUGAUGAUUUGCGACAAGACGCCAUCAUGGAGCAAGUAUUUGAGCAAGUUAGUAGUCUUCUGAAAGACCACCAACCCACACGCCAGCGCAGCUUAGGCAUCAGAACAUACAAAGUUCUUCCACUGACACCAAGCGCUGGAAUCAUUGAAUUCGUUCCGAACACGAUUCCUCUGCACGACUAUCUGAUGCCCGCACAUCAAAAAUACUUCCCCAAGGACAUGAAACCCAACUCUUGCCGGAAACAUAUCGCCGAUGUGCAGACCAAAUCGUUUGAGCAACGCGUCAGAACCUACCGACAGGUGACUGAACAUUUCCACCCAGUACUGAGGUAUUUCUUCAUGGAGAAGUUCAAUAAUCCAGACGACUGGUUUAGCAAGCGGUUAGCGUACACUCGAAGUACUGCUGCCAUCUCGAUCCUGGGUCACGUCCUCGGACUCGGCGAUCGGCAUGGACAUAAUAUCUUGCUAGAUGAGAAAACUGGGGAGGUGGUACAUAUCGACCUCGGUGUAGCGUUUGAGCAAGGACGUGUUCUACCUGUCCCCGAGGUAGUCCCGUUCCGCUUGACCCGUGACCUAGUUGAUGGAUUCGGCAUAACCAAAACUGAAGGUGUUUUCCGGCGCUGCUGUGAAUUCACUCUGGAAGCGCUUCGGCAAGAAUCGUACAGUAUAAUGACAAUCCUUGAUGUGCUGCGGUAUGACCCACUGUACAGUUGGACUGUCUCUCCGCUUCGCAUCAAGAAGAUGCAGAUGCAAGAUAACCAAGCCAGUGAUGGACCUCCGGCUCUGCCUGGCGCAGGCGAUGAUCUCCCCUCGAAAAGCGAGAAUGAGAAUGAACCUAGUGAAGCUGAUCGUGCGCUAACUGUGGUGGCGAAAAAGCUAAGCAAAACACUCAGCGUGACUGCUACUGUGAAUGAGUUGGUUCAACAGGCGUGUGAUGAGAAGAACCUUGCUAUGCUGUACUGCGGGUGGGCAUCCUAUGCGUAA